GGGAAGACUCCGCGGAUGUGUCGCGUAUAUAUAUAAACCCCGCCCCGCCGUCCGGCUCAUCGUUACACAAGAGCCAGCGCUCCAGACCGAACCGAGCUCCGCACCGGUGGUUGUCCCGUAGAAACCGACGCGAUGGGGGUGACGAUUAAAGUGGAGUACUGUGGCGGAUGAGGAUACGAACCCCGCUAUCGGGAGCUCGCCCACGUUCUGAAGGGCGAGUUUCCUGAUGCGGAAGUGUCGGGCUUCGUGGGGAGAAGAGCCAGCUUCGAGAUAGAAGUCAACGGGCAGCUCCUCUUCUCCAAGCUCGAGACUGGCGGCUUCCCGUACGAGGAAGACGUUCUGAACGCCAUCCAUGACGUCUGCGACGGGAAGCCCGUGCAGAAGCUCACAAAGUCCCGUUCGGCAUGCGUGAUCAUGUAAAGCAGCUGCAGCAACAUCAUCAUCAUCAUCAGCUGCUGCUGUACCCACCAGGCCAGUGCACCUUUAAGCUGAUAAACACCACUCGCCGCUCACGCUGAUGCCGAUCACCGAGCCCUCGCUGCCUCCUCACUCCCCCGCUCUGUUCUUACGGUGGAGCUCCAGGCCGUCAAUGAUCACUGUGGCCUAAAAUCAAACGGCUGCAGUAGGAUAAAUAAAUUCCUGGAGGUUCCCUGUGCGUAGGAAAGGAGCCGGGGAGAGGUCGCAGACGGGUUUGGCUUUGCAGGGAGUUCAUCUUUAUUUUAACGCCUCAUUGCCUGGUAUUCCUAUAGUUUUUCUUCCCCCCUUGCAAAUACUAAUUAGGUAAAUGCUAAAUCAUUUUGACUUUUGUCUUUGUAUAAAGGGAUGCUGUCUGCUUUUCUACUGUUCUACACAGAGUUAAACUGGAAGUUGAUCACAAUUUUCAGGCACUAAUUUAACUCUAUGGGUUGUAGAUAAUAAAGGAAGUUGUGUAAUUUGUAGCGGGUGAACAUGUCAUUGGAAAUCGCUCUAACCAUAUCAUGCAGGAUCCUGUUUGUUUUGUUUACUGUUAGUUUAAAGCAGUCGGAUGCCAACCAACGCCUCAUCAGUGCUUCUGAGGACCACCGCCCACUGGUCCGUCAGUCACUACUUACUGUCUGCUCGUCUGCCAUGAGUUUUCCUUCACUGUCUUUUUUUUUUUUUUAAAGCUGUGUUCUUUGAAUAAAUCUAACGGUUGUUAAAAGGCC